AUGGCAACAAAAUUUGAGAUGAGUGAUCUUGGUAAGCUUACUUACUACCUUGGUAUUGAAGUAACUAAGCUAAAAGAUGGUAUAAUCGUGUAUCAAGAGAGGUAUGCGAGUAAGAUAUUGGAGGAAGCAGGGAUGAGUGAUUGCAAUAUGGUUCAUAUUCCCAUGGACCCAAGUCUGAAGUUAUCAAAAGCUCCACAAGAAGAAGAGAUCAAUGAGAAGGAUUUUCGGAGAAAAAUUGGAUGUCUACGAUAUCUGAUUCAUACUCGACCUGAUCUAAGUCAUUGCGUGGGAGUGCUUAGUCGUUAUAUGCAUUCGCCUAAGGAGUCACAUGGCGUGGCUCUCAAACAAGUGCUCUGA